AUGCACAUAAAAACACUCACGAUACAGGGCUUCAAAUCUUACCGAGAUCAGACACAGAUCGAACCGUUUUCCGCGAGGCAUAACGUUGUGGUCGGCAGGAACGGUUCUGGGAAGAGCAAUUUCUUUGCUGCCAUUCGCUUCGUCCUCUCCGAUGCAUAUACAUCCAUGUCUCGGGAGGAGCGGCAGGCCCUUCUCCACGAGGGUGUUUCCACCACAACUACCCUCUCUGCCUAUGUGGAGAUUGUCUUCGACAAUACGGACAACCGCUUUCCCACAGGCAGGGAGGAGGUUGUUCUUCGCCGCACAAUCGGAUUGAAGAAGGACGAAUACAGCUUGGACAAGAAGAGCGCGAGUAAAGCCGAUGUUAUGAACCUCUUGGAGAGCGCUGGGUUCAGCAAGUCAAAUCCUUACUACAUCGUGCCACAGGGCCGGAUUACAGCUCUCACGAAUGCGAAGGACCACGAGCGACUCGCUCUUCUCAAGGAAGUGGCGGGAACGAAAGUCUACGAGCAGCGACGCGCAGAGUCUCUCCGAAUCAUGAGCGAGACUGACGCCAAGCGUAACAAGAUCAGCGAACUCCUGGAGUACAUCGACUCGCGGCUGACCGAGCUCGAGGAGGAGAAGGAAGAACUCAAGGAAUUCCAGGAGAAGGACAAAGACAGGCGAUGUCUCGAGUACGCGCUGUAUCAGCGUGAGCUUGAGGAUGUCGCGGGAACGCUGGACGAAAUUGAGGAAGAGCGGAAGUCCGAGGUGCACGGGGCGAACUUGAGGAGAGAGCAGUUCAGCGAGCGAGAGCAGCAGAUCCAGUCCCUGGAGAAAAAGAUCUCCGAAGCCAAGCACUCCUAUUCUACGCUCACACUCACCCGCUAUGGUGCACAAUCUGAAUUGACGGAGCUCAUCCGCGCGCGUACUGAGCUCGAGUGCGUCGUGGACGAUCUACGCAGCGCAAACGACCGCGCGGGCGGCAAGCGCGCCGAGUACGAGGAGGAACUCGUUAACAUCAAUGCGCAGAUCGCGGAAAAGGAAGCCGCGCUAGCUGAGCUGCUCCCACAGUGGGAAGCACAGCGCGCGCAAGAGAGUGAGCACAGGCGUGCGCUUGACGACGCACGGGGGAGGCUCAAGGCGCUACACUCUAAACGCGGGCGCACCGGCCACUUCAGGACGCGCGCCGAACGCGACGCGUACCUGCGGCAAGAGAUUGCUUCCGUUGAAGCUCACCAGCGCACACAGACCGCUGCGCUCCACACCGCUCGAGAGGAACUGAACACUAUUCGAGGCAACUUGGCCGACGUGGAUACGCAGCUGCAGGGUAUCGAUGGUCGUGCGGAGGAAGCGAGAGCGAGAGUGAGAGAAAUUGGAGAAGAACUGAUCCGAUUGCAGGAGGAGAAGACGCAGAAGACGGAACAGCGCAAAGAUCUGUGGCGAGAGGAUGCCAAAUUGGAUACGACCAGUCGGCAUGCUCGCGACGAGCUUCGGGCGGCGGAGAGAACUUUGGCAGGCAUGAUGGACAAGGAUACCGGGAUGGGGUUGCGUUCCGUGGAUAACAUUGCGGAGCGGCUCUCGCUUCCCGGCGUUUAUGGCCCUCUUUAUCGCCUCUUCGAAAUAUCAGACCAAAAAUUCAACAUUGCUGUUGAACUGACGGCUGGAAAUAGCCUGUUUCACGUCGUAGUCGACACAGACCAAACGGCUCAAACAGUCCUUGAUAUUAUGUUGAAAGAGAAGGCUGGCCGUGUCACGUUUAUGCCGCUGAACCGCCUCAAGCCGAAGAACCCCACGCCCCCAAACGCGCAGGACGCGAUCCCACUCCUCGACAAGCUGAAAUUCGCCGCGAUGCACGAAAAGGCAUUCCAGCAGGUAUUCGGCAAAACCUGCGUGUGCCGCGACCUUACCGUCGCCGCAGCGUACGUCAAGAGCCAUGGCAUCAACACUAUCACGCUUGAUGGAGACAAGGUUGACCGCAAAGGCGCCCUCACCGGUGGAUAUCACGAUGUACGUCGCUCCCGUAUCGAAGCCAUCAAGAGCGUGACGAGCUGGAGGACCAAAUUCGAAACUGAGGAGAAAAGGUCGAAGGAGGUAAAAUCGCAGACACUUAAGAUCGACCAGGAGGUCACCCGCAUCGCGGGCCGGGUCCAGGUGCUGGUUAACCAGCAGAACCAGGCCAAAGCCCAGCGGGACAGCAUACAGGCCGACGCGAUGACGCUCUUGCAGGAGAAGGAGAGGCUAGAUGCUAGGGCGACGCGGUUGGAAGCUGACGUGGAGGAUCUAGAAAGUGAACUGAGGACUCUUGCAACGAGACUGCAGGGAUACCGCGCAGAGAUCAGUACCCCAAUGGCGGCUGGGCUUUCUGAAGAGGAGGAGCAACUGAUCGGUGAGCUUGAACAGGAGGUUCAGACAUUGCAAAAGGAGAUGGUGGAGAUGUCGAAGAAUAAGAAUGAGAUCGGCAGCCGGAAGAACAUCCUUCAGAUUGAGUUAAAUGAAAAUCUUCGCCGGCGUCGCGAAGAGUUGCGUGCAAAAAUCGAAGCCUUGGGGAUACCUGACGAUGGCGAUGCCACUGCAGCAGAUGACUAUGACGCUCGAACACGCGAGCUCAAAGCACUCAAUACCUCUAUAGAGUCUUUGACCAAGAAAGUACAAGAUAUGGAAAAGGAAUGCGAAAAAUUGUCUUCAGAGCUCCAAGAAUCGCGGAACAACUUGGAAAAAGUCCAGAACCAGCAGACAGAGGAUACUCGGAGUGUGGCGAGGCAACAGAAAAACACUGAGCGGUACAUGGCCAAACGACAGCUUCUGCUUAGCCGGAAGGACGAGUGCAAUCGGAAUAUUCGCGACCUUGGCGUUCUGCCUGAAGAGGCAUUCGAGAAGUACACGCACGAGAAGCUCGACAGGCUCGUCAAGAAACUGCAUGCCGUCAAUGAAGGGUUGAAAAAGUUUGCCCACGUGAACAAGAAAGCGUUCGAACAGUAUUCCAACUUCACGAAGCAGCGCGAUCAGCUCCUCAAACGUCGGGAGGACCUCGACAAGUCUGCCCAAUCCAUCGAGGAACUCGUGGAAGUAUUGGAUCAACGAAAAGAUGAGGCGAUCGAACGGACGUUCAAGCAGGUCGCGAGCAACUUUGAGGAAGUAUUUGAGAAGCUCGUGCCAGCAGGUAGGGGCAAGCUGAUCAUCCAGCGGCGCAUCGACCAGGUACAAGCAGAUGAGGCAGAAGGUAUUCCGCAAAAUACCAUCGACAAUUAUACUGGUAUUUCGAUCAAGGUAUCGUUCAACUCUAAAGUCGAUGAAGGUUUGCGGAUACAACAGUUAUCGGGUGGCCAAAAAUCACUUGUCGCUCUCGCUCUUGUAUUUGCUAUUCAGAAAUGCGACCCAGCACCGUUUUAUUUGUUUGACGAGAUCGACGCGAACUUGGAUGCUCAAUACCGGACAGCAGUUGCUUCCAUGAUUCAAUCGUUGGGAUCCACCGCCCAAUUUAUCACAACAACUUUCCGCCCUGAGAUGUUGGUCACUGCGGACAAGUUUUACGGCGUGCUGUUCAACAACCAGAAGAUCAGUUCAAUUCGGAGUAUCAAGCGGGAAGAAGCGAUGGAAUUUGUUGAUCAGGUCAGUCCGAGCGCGUUAUUCUUCUCCUCGAAUCCCGGAUUGAAAUGUCGUGCAUUUGUAGGAGGCGCAAGCUCAAUGAGGAUUUUCAUUCUUGUGAUGACGUGUAUGGACUUUGCUGUUUUCGUUAUAAUUGUGUAUGUUUAUGUAUGUCUCAUUGUCAUCACUUUCGCUGUUGUAGUUAGUCUCUCGCUUUUUAGGCUGCCGCAUCACAUGUUCGGCGUCUAUUUUCUCCAAAUCAGCAGCUCCCUCCACAUUGGUAAUCCCGCCGGUGUUACGCCGGGCAGAAAAAGUGAAAGAAGAUGA